UGCUGAGAUUUAAGGUUUAUGAUGAAAAAGUUAGUCAUAUUUUGGUCUCCUCACCCAAAACUGACAGGAUCGCUUCAAGAAGACCACUGGAGUCUAUGGAUUACUUUGAUGGAGCUACAAAUGAAUUUCUUUUCAAUCCUUUAAUAAAUACGUAAUUAUUUAUUUAAUAUUUUCAUUUAAAGAUUUUAUUUAAAGGGUAGAUACUUUGAAGAAGCUAAAAUAUAACGUUUGAUUUGUUGAUCAUUCUUAGUCACUACAUAAUUUCCAUAUUUGUGCUUUUUCAUAGUUUUGACGACUUGAUUUCCACAUUUUAGAACAAUAGUAGUUGUGUCAGAGUUUUUGACUAAGAAGUAUAAAUUAAGUUUGAAGUUUUAAACUUUCAGUUUAUGUGGAUGUGCACGUAAGUGCUGGAAAACGUGGGGACAAAUGGAGAGAAUUGGGAAGUGUAAAGGAUGGUCGAGUGUAAUAAUGGGGGUGAGAUGAGCAGACUGACUGUCGCAUCCAAAACAAGGAAAUCCUCAUGCGAGGCUAAUGGCGAUUCCUUCGGCAACCCCGCUUUACUUCUGCUAACGAACCAGCUUGUUAAUUCUUCUCAUCCUUGACCUGUGGAACCAGCAUAGCCAUGUCAUCCCGAGUGUUGCUACGGCAACAGCUGAUGCGGGAGCAAGCGCAGGAGCAGGAGAGGAGGGAGGCGCAGCAGCAGACAUCUGUCGCUCAGUUCCGACCUACAGACUCCACUCCAGCCAUCUCAGUGACGUUCCCACCCACGGGUGCCCGCCCUCCUCCAGCUCAAGUGCCAGUGGAAGUUCUGAAGGUGCAAACUCAUCUUGAAAACCCAACUAGAUACCACAUCCAGCAAGCUCAGAGGCAGCAAGUAAAGCAGUACUUGUCCACCACGCUAGGCAAUAAAGUUGCCACACAAACUCUUGGCGUGUCCCCUGUUCCACAGUCAAACUCUGCCCCGGAGAGGGUGCACACUGCAAGCAGCGCCCCCAACAGCCCAAUGGCACAUCUGUACCUGGGCUCCAACAAAGAAGAGAUGGAUGACGUCAUUGACGACAUCAUCAGCCUUGAGUCCAGCUUUAAUGAUGACAUCAUGUCACUGAUAGAUUCUGGGCUACAGCUCCCAAACACGCUACCAGGAAACCUUUUGGAAGUCUACAACAGUCCUGGCAUGGCGACACCCACCAUCACCGUCAGCAAUUCCUGUCCAGCCGAUCUAACUAAUAUCAAAAGGGAAUUAACUGAUGUAGAGGCCAGAACUCUCAUGAAGGAGAAGCAGAAGAAACAUAAUCAUAAUCUCAUUGAAAGGAGAAGAAGAUUUAACAUUAAUGACAGAAUAAAGGAGUUAGGGGCUCUGAUACCCAAAUCCAAUGAUCCAGAAAUGCGUUUGAACAAGGGAACCAUAUUGAAGGCAUCUGUCGAUUAUAUAAGAAAACUUCAGACAGAGCAACAGAGGGCCAAAGAGGUUGAGAUGAAGCAGAAGAAACUGGAGCAAGCCAACCAGACCUUGCUGCUUCGCAUACAGGAAUUAGAGAUGCAAGCCCGGCUCCAAGGCCUCUCUGCUACCAUGUCCUCUGGUCUGGGUUCAGACACUUCCUUGCUUCAGCAACAGCUGCACCAGGCAAACCAGUCCAUGCAGCUGAUUGCUGGAGAAGGCCAACCUCAAACCCGCCUCACCAUGGAAGGGGCCAUGGCACAAACUUCACCCUCUCCUUUCCUCACUGUAGCUCCUUCCAGUUCUGCGGCUGUAAGCGGCCCUCUUGAUUUAGGUGCGUUUAGCUUUGCGGAGCUGGAUGACCCCACGGCCUCAGAUCUUUACUCUGAUGUGGGUCUCAGUGACAUUCUGAUGGAUGAGGGCUGCACAUUUUCCACUGUCAGGUCUUCAGAUCCACUUUUCUCUCCUGUGUCUCCCGGAGUCUCCAAAACCAGCAGCCGCAGCAGCAGUUUGAAUAUGGAAGAAGACUUGUGACCUAAUUGACGUGUGUGUGUGUGUGUGUGUGUGUGUGUGUGUGUGUGUGUGUGUGUGUGUGUGUGUGUGUGUGUGUGUGUGUGUGUGUGUGUGUGUGUGUGUGUGUGUGUGUGUGUGUGUGUGUGUGUGUGCGCGCGCGUUGAGGGGGGGUGGUACCAGCAGUGUUCAUCUCAUCAACGAUAUUAUUGACAAAAAUAUCCGUUGACAAAAUUAUUUCAAUUUUGAAAACGGGCCGAAAUAGAUUUUGUUUGAGUAAUAAACAACACUGCAAGAUAUUACCAAUGCACUAUUUUUAGAAGCGCAAAAAUCCUGAUGAUUAUUUUUUUAUUCAAAUGAUGUAGUCAGUCUUUGUAUUUUAGGGAUUUCCCGCUUGAGCUGCGUGAGCAGAAAGAUCUAAAGCGCUUCUUAACUAGCGAGUUAAUCAUUUCACACAAACACAUACUGUAUAGGCUAUAUAUGAGAUAAAUCUGCUAUAUCCACAACAUAGAUGCCUUGACGAUGCCCUGACGAUGAAGUGAACACACAGGUGAACCUAAACUAUAUUACAUGCUAUUUAGAAUGCAUAUAAGGGUUUGUGAGCUAUUGCAGUAACAAGGCUCUAAACACAGUGCAGAGUUCUAAACAGUCUCUUAAACACGGAAAGUUAAUAACAGAAAAUUUUAGUCUCUAAGCAUGAAGAACUCAGCGCACUAAGUAGAUAAUACUUCACUACUCUCAAAAAAAUAUUUUAGCCUAUUUUUAAAGGUGCACUCAGUAAAUUUUUCCUCAUUAAAAAAGUUUUACUCCUUAAGAAAUUAAUUGUAAUUUUGAAACGUAUGUAUAAAAUCAUGACCACUCACAUGAGAUGAGGA